GCUAUUCACAAUCUGGUAACACUAUCGAACUUAUAUUCGGACAAUUUGUAAAUAAAUAAUUAUUGGAAUAAAUAUAUGACAAAAUGAGCUCGGGGCCUAUGCGCACACCCGUCUCGCAGAUCAUCCAGAGCAAGCACGACCAGGAUGCCGAGGAGGAGCAAAAAAAGUCGCGCGAGGAUUGGCGCAAGGCCAAGGAACUAGAGGAGGCCCGAAAGGCGGGAACGGCCCCAGCAGCCGUCGACGAAGAAGGUCGCGACAUCAAUCCGCACAUUCCGCAGUACAUAUCCAAUGCACCGUGGUAUUACGGAUCGGCGGGACCCACGCUGAAGCAUCAGCGCCCGCAACACGAAGACGAGCAGGGCCAAUUAGAUAAGAGGGCUCCCAAGGGGCUGAACACCUCCCGCAUCAUCACCAAAUUUCGGAAGGGAGCCUGUGAGAACUGCGGAGCUGUGACUCAUAAACGAAAAGAUUGUCUGGAGCGACCACGGAAAGUGCAAGCCAAAUACGCCGAAUCGAUUGUCGUGCACGAUGAGCAUCUGGUCAACGAGGCAGCAGUGAACUACGAUGAGAAACGCGAUAGGUGGAGCAGCUAUGAUCCGGCGAACCACAGAGAGAUUAUAGAGGAAUACGAGAAGGUGGAGGAGGCCAAGCGGCAACUAAAGGCCGAAAAACUCAAAAAUGAUCCCGAUGCCGAAAUAUCUGACGAGGAGGGUAACGAGGACAAAUAUGUUGACGAGGUGGAUAUGCCGGGAACCAAGGUGGACUCCAAACAGCGUAUCACUGUGCGCAACUUGCGAAUUCGCGAGGACACAGCGAAAUACCUUAGAAACUUGGACCCCAACUCGGCUUACUACGAUCCCAAAACACGUUCAAUGCGUGACAAUCCCAAUCCCGCAGUGCCCGAGGAAGAAGCUGAGUUCGCUGGCGAAAACUUUGUGCGCUUCUCUGGAGACACCACAGCCCAGGCUACCGCCCAGUUAUUUGCCUGGGAAGCUCAUGGCAAAGGGGUGGAUGUGCAUUUGCUGGCCGAGCCAACUAAGUUGGAGCUGCUCCAAAAAGAGUACGAGCAGAAGAAGGAACAGUUUAAGUCGAGUACCAAAACGCACAUUGUGGAAAAGUACGGAGGCGAAGAGCAUCUGCAGGUCCCGCCAAAGUCGCUUCUGCUGGCCCAAACCGAGGAGUACAUCGAAUACUCACGCAGCGGCAAGGUGAUUAAGGGUGUGGAGAAGCCAAAGGCAAGAAGCAUAUACGAGGAGGAUGUUUACAUCAACAACCAUACGACCGUGUGGGGCAGCUUUUGGAGCGCCGGUCGAUGGGGCUACAAGUGCUGCAAGUCCUUCAUUAAGAAUUCCUACUGUGUGGGCAUGCAGGAGCCGGAGGGCUACUCGGACCAGCACCCCACCAGUUCCAGCACAGCAGCUGCAACAGAGCCAGCUGUCCAAGCCCAAUUUAAAAUACCAGAAGUUCCGUCAGAAAGAGCAGCCUCCGAAGGGAACUCAGCCUCGAGUUCGGAAUCGUCCUCAUCGGAGGAGGAAGAAGUAAAACCGCAGAAAAAGAAGUCCAAGAAGAAGUCGAAGAAGCGCGAGAAGAAAAAGAAGGCCAAGGAGCAGCGCAAACAGAAGUCCAAAGACAAGGAGGCCAAGGAGAAGGAAAAAACGAAGGAAAAAGAAAUUCCCGAGGAAAUGGAUGACCGCAAACGCUCCUACAACAGUAUGUAUGACGUAAAGGCGCCAACAGAGGAUGAGAUCGAGGAGUGGAAAAAGAAGCGUCCGAGGGCAGAAGAUCCCAUGCUGCAAUUUAUGUAAACAUCAAAAUAAAGCUUACUAAACAAUUCA